AUGGCUCCCUCGCCCGAACAAAAGCAUUCUAAAGACUCGCAGUUUGACCAGCCCGCACACGAACUCGCCCCGCGGCAAAAAUGGUACCAGUGGUUCGCGCCCACCGAUUCCCCGGCCGAGCGCCGACUGAUCCUCAAACUGGACGGUCUCAUCAUCGUAUUCGUCUUCCUGGCCUAUUGGGCGAAAGUGCUCGAUUCGUCCGCCACGAGCACCGCCUAUGUGAGUGGCAUGAAGGAGGACCUGAAGAUGUACGGCAACCAGCUGAACUACCUGAAUACGGUGUAUAUGGUUGGUUUCAUCACCAUGCAGAUUCCCCUGACCUUAGUUAUGACGCGGGUGCCCGUGAAUUACUUCCUACCCGCCGCCGAUCUGCUCUGGGGGGUGCUCACGCUGGCCCAGUACAAAGCAGCCAAUGUCACCCAGCUCUACGCCCUCCGGUUCUUCGUCGGGGCACUGGGCGGCUUCUUCUUCCCCGCCGUGCAGUGGUACCUGGGCAGCUGGUACAAGGGCGCCGAGCUGGCGCGACGGGGGGCCCUCUUCUUCAUCGCCAGCCAGGUGGGCAGUAUGAGCGCCGGCUACAUCCAGGCUGGAGCGUACGCGCAACUCAACGGGCGGUAUGGCAUUGAGGGGUGGCGGUGGCUAUACAUCAUCUGCUUCGCUUGCACCAUCCCCAUCGCCUUCCUCGGGCUCUGCCUCCUCCCCAGCACGCCCGAGACCUGCACCUCGCGCUUCCUCACGCCGGAUGAGAUCCAGCUGGCCCGAGCCCGCAUGGCCGCCGAGAACCGCCAACCGCGCGAACCCUUCACGCUCGCCAAGAUCCGGUCCAUCCUGAAGGGCUGGCGGCUCUGGGUUCUCGUCGGUUUUGCCUUUUUCUUCUCGCAGGCCGACGGGGUCUCGUCGAACAGCGGCCUCUCCCUCUGGCUGAAAGCCGAGGGCUACUCCGUCGCCAACAUCAAUACCAUCACCACGGUCUCGCCCGCGGUGACCAUCCUCUCCUCCAUUGUCUGUGGCGUGCUCUCGGAUAUCUACGACGUCAAAGUCGCGCUCAUCGCCACGACGGCCGGGCUCAACAUCUUUGCCUGUACUGUGCUGGCGAUCUGGCGGGUGCCGGUCGGACUGAAGUUCUUCGCCUUCUUCUUGUCCGGCACAGCGGACGGGAUUGCGGCGAUCAUCUAUGCGUGGGCGAAUGAGAUCUGCGCGAGGAGUUCCGAGGAGCGCGCGCUGGUGAUCAGUGCGAUGAACACGGUGGGGAAUACCUUUGGGGCGUGGACGCCGUUGCUGGUGUGGAAGACGGUGGAUGCGCCGCGAUAUCUGAUCGGGUACAACUGGACCAUUGCGUUGGAUGUGUGUAUGCUGUUGAUGCUGGUUGUUUUGCAGCGCUGUUGGCGGCGCGAGCAGAGACGUCCAGCUGGGUCGGGGGUCUAG